GAGAGGCUUCAGACCAUCCACCUUAGCCAGCACAGCCGUCUCUGCAACUGUAAGGUUUAGCUAUAUCCAUGGCGAUCAGGGGAAUCCAAUCGGCGCGCGGGAUGUCUGUGGAGGAGUUCAAGGAGUGGCUGAAGCAGUUCGACGUCGACGGCGAUGGCCGGAUCAGCCGGGGCGAGCUCCGGGAGGCCAUCCGGCGCCGCGGCGGGUGGUUCACCACCCUCAAGGCAGGCCGCGCCGUCCGCCACGCCGACAGGGACAACAGCGGAUACGUAGAUGACGCAGAGAUCGAGAACCUCGUUGCCUUCGCGCAGAAAGACCUUGGGAUGAAGAUCUCCGCCUGGUAGCUGCCUAGGCUAAGCUCCACGUGUGGAGUUUUUAUCAGCUCUGCUUAAUAUUAAUGAUCGAAGACCAUUACAUCACCCCCUCUACUAUAUAUUGCUUUGUGCGGUAGCUUCGACUUGACAUGCGAACUUCUCCUGAAUAAUAUGUGGAAAUUCAGGAGAACUAACUAAGGUUUGCAUCUUUACUAAAGCGUCUAUGCAUGUAUGGCUAUGCUGGGGUUUAAUCUUCGUAAAGAUGAAACUGACUGGG